AUGAACACUCAGACACUAUCCCCCUUAUUCCGCCUGGCAGAGCUGGUGCACUACAAGUUAUUGUCUCUCUUCCCUCGCAGCCACAUACCGCAGACCGUCAAGCCCAGCGCCCACCCGGACCUGCGCGGCGAUGCUUCUACUCUAGCCGCCCAGCUAGACGGCAAGACCUUCCGCCUGCCGGACCUGUGGAAGGUCUUCGCCGGGUGGCCGCUCGCCGCCAACAAGCACGCGCAGAGGCUCGAGGGCCUCGUCGACUCGAUGCUCGAACGCAUCAUCACCAACGAGAAGAAGCUGAAGGCGUUGAAGAAGGCAGACUUCGGUCGUCUCAUGUCCCUAUGGUACCCGGACGCGGAAUGGCCCGAGCUCGAAGUAGCGACGGCCUAUUCGGUCUGGAUCUUCGUGUGGGACGACGAGGUGGACGCGGGCGACACUGACGUGUCGAAUGACGAGGAGCUGGCCAGGGCGUACUACCAGAAGUCGCUGCGCACCGUCCACUGCCUGCUAGGGCUCGACGAGGGCUCGGACGACGCGGCGGCGGCGGAGCGGAUCGCGCAGGAGGAGCAGUCCUUGCACCCCAACAUGGCCCUGUUUGCCGAUGUCGGGCGCGGCCUGCGCGGCGCCACGGACAGGAUACAGCGCGAGCGCUUCUACCGCGAGCUCGAGAACUUCAUGAUCAGCGUGGGCGUCGAGCACGGCCACCGCAUGCGCGGCGAGAUCCCAUCCGUCGACAAAUAUCUCCACAUCCGAUCCGGAUCGGUUGGCUGUGCGCCUCAGAUUGCGCUUACAGAUCACAUGCUCGGAAUAAGGUUACCUGAGUCCAUUAUGGAAUGCGGCCCCAUGAAGGAGCUAUGGAAGGAGACCGUCGUUAUGUGUCUCAUUCUGAACGACGUUUAUUCCUGCCAAAAGGAAAUAGCGCAAGCAUCGCUCUUCAACCUCGUACCGGUGAUGUACCACAACUGCAGCCCCGCGAAGCAGACGCUCGACACGGUGACGCGGGACGUCGAGGCGUCGCUGCGCGAGUCGAUGCGAGGGUUCGAGGAGGCGGCCAAGGCCCUGGGCGAGAUGGUGUCAGACGACGCCAAGGUGAGCAGGGACGUGCAGGCCUUCAUCAAAUGGUGCCGAUACUUCAUCACAGGGGUGCUGCAAUGGAGUCUGGAGUCGAAACGGUACGGGAUGGCGGAGUGUAGGCACCAGGACGGUUCGCUUAGCAUAGUGCUUUAA